UUAGCGCAGCGGUUUCUUUCGUCGACGUUGUCUCACAAGGAGAGUCAAAUGUUAGAAGUUGUGGUCGACGAUGUUUGUAAAAGCCUUUAUUUAGCUUCUAAAUAAGUUUGUGUGUGCACAUGACACAACGCAGCUUCGUUUUGUAGUAAGAAGUUUUUGAAAGGAGAUGAAAACGCUCAGGAGAAAGAAACUAAAAGGGGCGAAUGUACCUGUCACUAGAGAAGUGGACUGUGGGAGGAAACAGAAGAUGACUGAGAUCCACCAGGCAUUAUACAGCGAUCCGGUGGACGUUGAGACCCUCAGGAGAGCCGCGGCCAGUAAGGGGGGACUGCUUUCAAAUGAACUCCGCAGGAAAGUUUGGCCCAAACUGCUCAACAUCAACGUAUAUGAGCUUCCUUAUAAGCCCGGAAAAGAUGGACGGGAGAACCACAAGGACUACAACCAGGUGGUCCUGGAUGUCAGUAGAUCCAUGAAGCGCUUUCCAAAAGGUAUGCCGUCUGCGGAGCGAGCCGUACUACAGGAGCAGCUGGUGGAUAUCAUUUUGGAGGUUCUGAGGUGCAACCCGCAGCUCAGCUACUAUCAGGGCUACCACGACGUGGCUGUCACGUUGCUACUGGUUGUCGGCGAGCGUAUGGCUAUCGCCAUGCUGCAUACAUUAUCCAAAUAUCAUCUCAGGGACUUCAUGGAUCCGACAAUGGAUAGCACAAAGCACAUUUUAAACUACCUGAUGCCUAUCUUGGAAGAAGUUGACAAAGAGCUGCAUGACUUCAUGAUCAGAGCGGAGGUGGGCACCAUCUUUGCCCUCUCCUGGCUCAUCACGUGGUACGGACACGUCCUGUCUGAGUUCAAACACACUCUGAGACUCUACGACUUCUUCUUGGCCUCACACCCCAUGAUGCCCAUCUAUCUAGCUGCGACAAUCGUGUUGCACAGAGAGCAGGAAGUGAAGCAGACGGAAUGUGACAUGGCCAUGCUGCACCACCUCCUCUCACGUAUCCCCCAGGACCUCCCGUACGAACUCCUGAUCAGCCAGUCCCAAGACCUGUUCCGCUGCUACCCUCCUGCCUUGCUGGCUAAGCGGCCUGCGCUACAAUCUCGUAAAAGCUUGUCCAUAAGCACCUUCAAGGACUUUCAGCUUUCGACACUCCACCAAAGACCGGACACGGUUCUCCAGCGUCUCACCAAGGCUCAGGCCUCUGCCACUUCAAGAAAAGCUCGCCACUCAGGCUUGGACGUGGCUUUACCCUACGACGGGGUCCAGCAAAGGGGUAAGGGGAGCAGGAUGGUCAAGAUGGCAGUGUGGGGGCUGUCGGCCACACUGGGGGCGGCCAUUUUCGCCGUGGCCCAGACGGCCAUGGAGUGGGCACCUGAUGUGUUGCUGCAGCUCUUCUGAUGGGCUUCUUCUUAGCCUCACUGCAAGGACUCGAACCUUGUAUCUGAGGAGGACGUAGCUUACCGGGACAAGGUUUAAAGUACUGCCGUUGGCCAUUACUUUGCCCUUUGGUUCUUUGUGUGAUUUUUAUAUACCCUUUUCGGUCUUUUUUAUCGUUUUUUUUUUUUUUUUUUUGUGCACUUGUGAGAAUCUUGAAAUAUUAAGCAGAGUUGUGCCCAAACACGAACAUUUACUUACUCAAUAUCCUAGUCUCAUAGAAACAUUAUCAUUCAUUAUCUGUAAUGGUAACAAAAAGAAUUAGAAAUUUUUAUUUAUUCCUCAGAAAUAAAGUAGCCUGUCAGAGGACUGUAGAGGACUACAAUUGUUUUAUACCAGAAAGGGAAAUAUUAAUAAUACGUGUGUGUGUGUGUGUGUGUGUGUGUGUGUGUGUGUGUGUGUGUGUGUGUGUUAGCAAUGUAGCGAUUUUUUUUUUUUUUUUAAUGUCUGCUCCAUGUACGGACGUCUUUGCCCCUGAAAUAUUCAUCAGCUUUUACGACCGCGUGCCCGCUGCAUUUGUUUGCUAAGCACAGCCUCGACCUCACUUGUUUUUGCCCUUUUGGUCAGGCUAAACGUUGCCCAAUAAUGUGUACGACAGUUUUUGUAUAGUACUUAUUGAUUUUCAUGCGCCAGGUUUAGUGCCAGUUGGAUGCUCCGAUGACUGG